AUGGCCAAGCGGAAGGAAUAUCAGCUCUACGUGGCAUUUCUUCUGACCACACUGGUGAGUUCUCAUCCACCCACUCUAUCAACCGAACUUUGAACUAUCAAGUCUGAUAACGAUUUUUGGCGUCUCAUAAUUCCCAUAAUUCACUGAAUCACACUGAUAAAGCGACGUCGACUAGGAAAAUGCCCAGAUUCUCACGUAUUACCGAAACUACAGUACAAGAAUGAACUUCAGGGUGAUCGAAUGUGGAUGUUUGCCAUCGGAUUCUUCAUGACGCAUCUCGGAGCAAUGGCAUGGGUUGCCGUACAUCAAUUCAUAGACGCAGGCUCCAAACUGACAUUCCUUUUCUUUUUUGGAAAGCGCCUCGACAAAGUCAAUCGGAGCAAAAGUGAGCAGUGGAAAAGCUGCAUAGAGUUGACUGAACUAUUUCAGUCAUACAAUAUUCCCUCUUUCUGAACAACGUGACCAUAGCUCUGUCAGCAGCAGUCUUCGGAUACAUGUUUCUGACUGACAUGAACUCCAAUUUCCUUCUUGUCGUUGCCGCCGGUUUUUCGUCAAUAUCUCGAAUAGCCAGCGAAAUUCAGAGAAUCUCUUUUCAAAAAGACUGGGUGAUCGUGAUUGCGGGAGCCGAAGAAGUCGAGCUGUCGAGUGAGCACAACUAAAGAGAACUAAACCAAAGCAACGAAGUUUAGAGAUAAACUCAAUGAUGACUGUCCUUGAUCAAGUUUCUUCCGUAGUCUUUCCAAUCGUCACGGGAGCACUCAUCGACCACAUUCCAUGGUAAGGGAACUGUAUUCGAGUAAUUUCAAAGAGACAUUUUAGGACGUACGUAUGCGCAAUUGUCGUUUCCUACAACAUCAUCUCAUGGAUCUUCGAAUCUAGCAUUCUUCGAGAGUUAUACGACACGACGGCCGAACUGCAGACUAGAGAAACGGACGAGGGUCAGUUCAUCUUCACUGUGUAAACGAGACGUCGAUGUCGAUGAUUUCAGAAGCUAUUGGAGAGCUGCACGCCAUGCAGGAAGUCUCUUAUUCCUCGUUGAAAAUAUAUAGGGAACAGUCCAGUUUUCUGGCCGGAUUCGGUUUGUCUCUACUGUUCCUAACUGUGCUAGGAUUUGAUAAUGUAAGUGAUAACAAAAAGUGAGGAAAAGGAAAGUGAGUGAAAACGGCAUUGUAGCUCGCCACUUCAUACGGCCAAAGUCAAGGAAUGUCUGCCCUGAGCAUUUCCAUUUUGAGAGCAGCUGGUUCCCUGCUCGGCGUCUUCGGAGCAAUGACCUUUCCUCACAUCGCUAAAAGAGUUGGGCUUUUGUGGACAAUCGCUUUUGGACUACUUGUAAGUCGGAGCAUUAAAUAGGUUUGAUGAAGCUCAAUUUUAAGUGGCAAAACGUGUUCAUCCAAAUGUGCGGAGUGUCUGUACUGCUGCCGGGAAGCCCAUUGAACGUCGCUGGUUUCGUCGAAAACUACACACUCGCCGUAAGAGAACCCUAUGUAAAGCAAUUGUUUUCUUGUUUGAAGGAGUGGGCGAGAACAGCAUACGACAAAGUAGUCACACCAGAAAUCCAGAAUGAGCCUCAAGUUCCAUUCAUGGACACCUCCAUCUCCUUGCUUAUUUUCUUCAUCGGAAUCACCGGCGCACGUUUCGGACUUUGGAUUGCCGAUCCUGCUAUCACUCAAAUUCAACAGGAGACAAUUCCGGAAAAACAGCGCUACACCGUGUUCACAUUCCAGUCCGUACUGUACGAGGGAUUCUCGAUGAUAAAGGAUGUGGCUGUGAUUUUUCUUUUCGACCCCUCGCUCUUCGGACUGCUUGUCUGGGCUUCGUGCUUCUUCGUUUUCCUUGGAUUCGUAUUAAAUGAAGCUUACCAUGUCAAGGUGAGUUUCUUUUCUCUCUCCCAUCCAACAAAGUACUUUUUCAGUGCGGAUUCUCGUGUGCCAACAAGAGCAUGCAUCUUCCGCGAACAAACCAGAUCGAGAUGGAUAAGAUUUCUGCAGAAUCUGCAGAAUCUAAGGAACCAGAGGCUGAGAGACAGUCACUUCUGGCAGACAACUUGCCGGAGAAAGCACCCGUGAUCGAGGAAAACAGAAGAGAAAGUGGAAAGAAGCACGACUAG